AUUCUCUCUCCUCAGAUGUAGCUUCAAAAGGACAAGAGGAAAGUUUGCCUUUUUGGCUUCCUUCCUGGAAAGAUGCAAGGUGCUUUAAUAGGCUCCUGGCACAACAGUGGCUUCUACGGGCACUACCGAGGUCAAGUCAAAAGUGAAAGUGCUGGAGAAUACCGUCUUGCUGCCAAGCCACCGCCUCCAGCGGUGUUCCUACAGAGAUGUGAGGAGCCUGCAAGACAACAUUUCUUCUCCAAGCACGACAACCGUACUUCCUUCGACAAAGGUCCCUACUGCCUGCUGCAGGGAAUUGGAAGACGGAAAGACCUGGAACGCCUGUGGAAGAGACACACCUUCCUGCGCUGGGCACCCUGCGAGCUGGAAUUGAGCCAGCAGCCGCCUCUGGAAUCAUCCUACCAGACUGAUUUCCGGUCAGGCACAGGACUCACUAGGCUCCCCCAGCGCCUUGUCCAUUUUGUGCAGCUCCAGCCUCCCUAUGCCAAUACCACCUACCAACACAACUUCUGCCAGCCAUCCCGGGGUGGUCACUGUGGUAGCACCAAGGUAAGGCCCCGUGAGCCAGUCACUGAAACACUGCCUGACCUCCCGGGAAUCCCAAAGCCCAAGUUGCUGCAGCACUACCUUCACGCCGGAGUUUCUGAGUGUUUAAACUGGUCCCAAGCAUUAAAAAGGUUCAGCUGAC